CAGAAAUUCCCACGCAUGGGCCCUGCCCUGGCCGACAGUGUGGUCCCGGAUCUGAUCGAAUCCUUCAAGGACAGCCCGUUCAAGGCCAUGCGCGAGCAGAACAUCCACGUGCCCAUACUCUGCGGAGCGAACGAGACCGAGGAACUCACAGACACCAUCAUUGAUGUGUUCGGCCAGGUCUUCCACACGCACUCCCGCCUGCUGAAGGCGCACACGAAUAUCUGGAAGGAGCGCCAGCACGGAGAGUACACGGCACGUCACGGGCAUUAUUUUGAAGCCAGGACCGAGAAAGACGGCGGGUGGGGCAUCUAUCGCAGGGGAGCAUGCUACUGCGUCGAAUACCCGCCCCUACAGGAAAUCCGCAUCCCGAUCGCGAUCGAGUCAUUCUUCUGCCUGCUCCAGGCGCUCUACCUCCGAACGGUCCCAUGCCACGACUUCCGCGGCUGGCGACGGAUGAUCGCACUAGGGAUCCGGUUCCAGGCCGUGUCCCGGGUACGAGAAUACAUGAACAAGCUGAUCCUGCCGUGGACAAUAACGAACAAGCACGUACUGCGGGGGUUAGCGGACAGCGUGGACGGACUUCUCACGACGCUCAAACUCUCCGAAGACAUCCGGUGCAGCGACCUGUACCGCGAAUCGUUCCUGCAUCUGAUGGGCAAGGCGCAUUUCUGGGCGCAUCGCGAGUUCCACAACGCGGAGAAGACGCUCAGCCCCAGCACGUACGCGAUGCUGAUCCACCACGUGGCGCGCCAGCGGUACGACCUCGAGAAAGCCGACGCCACCGUGAAGGCCUUCCUGCAGAGUCUGGCCGAGAACAAGCCGCGUUGCCUCCCCAUCUACCUGGUGCGGAGGCUGGAGGAGACGGUCGACAAUGUCGAUGGCAUCAACGGCCGCAACAUGAACUUCCAGGGCUAUUAUCGGCAUAUUCGCGACGUCUUGAGUGAGAUCCACCACCGGAUGCCGGAUGGGUCGCUGCGGGAUCGCUGUCGUGGCAUCCUGGAGUUCAUUGAGAUUCUGACCUUCAAUGGCCUGAGAUAUACCCGUGACCAGGCGAGGGGGUACCCCGUCUUUAACAUCCCGGGCGAGAUCGAGCUCCCGUGGGUUGUGGCGAGCUCGUCUGAGGAUGUUGUUAUGACUGACUAGCUCUGGUAGUCAAACAUGGGAGGUAGAGGGUGGAGGGUAGAGAGUGGUUUGAGGAUGUCCCUGCGUUUACCAGCGAUUUGCACAUUCUUUAUAUGCAUGUUACAUUUUGGAUUAUGGUUUGUUUGUCUUGCAGUCAUAGCUUGAAUUCGAUCCAAUUGGUGUUCCUUUGCCCUGGCCCGGCGGGCCUUGCAUGGAAUGGAGUAUACUACUUACUUGCACUUGUCGACUUUAAUCUACCUCAUUAUCCAAC